AUAGAAAAUAUAAAGGGGCGUAUAUUUAAAGAAAUUCGGAAUCAAAUCAGUUUCAAUUCAAAAUCAAACAAAUACAAUUAAAGCACCUUCCUUUGUUGUAACUCUCACCGUUUCACCUUUCUUUGCUUGCCUUCAAAAUAACAAUCUGUAUAUAUAUAUAUAUAUCUAUAAUAUAAUAUAUUUGUUUCAUAUUUUAUUGUUGUUCGUGAAUUUGUGAAUAUUAUUAUAAAGAUGUAUAUUGAGGAGGUAAAAGAGGGUGAUGUGGAUGUUGAGGUUUCCGGCGCUGAGAUGGCGGUUUCGAAUACGAAAAGGAUGUUGGUCGGAGCAGGUGCUCGUGCGUUGUUUUAUCCAACACUUUUGUAUAAUGUUGUGAGAAAUAGGGUUCAAACCGAAUUCCGGUGGUGGGAUCGGGUUGACCAGUUUGUGUUGUUAGGUGCUGUACCGUUUCCUACAGAUGUUUUGCACUUGAAGGAACUCGGUGUCUCUGGUGUCGUUACCCUAAAUGAGUCAUAUGAGACUUUGGUUCCAACAUCGUUGUAUCAUGCUCACGGAAUUGAUCAUUUGGUGAUCCCGACAAGAGAUUAUAUAUUUGCUCCAUCAUAUGAUGAUAUCUGUAAAGCUGUCGAGUUUAUCCAUGAUAAUGCAUCUGCUGGUAAAACAACAUACGUUCAUUGCAAGGCUGGAAGGGGGCGUAGUACCACCAUCAUUCUUUGUUACUUGGUGAAGCAUAAGCAUAUGACGCCUAAAGCUGCAUAUGAUUACGUGAAAUCCAUUAGACCAAGGGUGCGUUUGGCCUAUUCCCAGUGGCAGGCGGUUCAAGAUUACUAUUUCGACAAAGUGGAUAAACACCCAAAGUUAAGUAUCAAAUCAGAGUUUGAACCAUUUGAUGAUGCAGCCGUUGUGAUGGUGGCAGAAUCCGACCUUGAGGGUUAUACGGAGACUUUUGACUCUGGGUUUGUAUGUAACAGCAUUUUAGUGGAACUUAGCUCAGCUUGCAGAGCUCAAUUUGUUAGUCAGGCUGCCAUCUCAAGGCUUUCUUGCUUAUGGCUUCGAUUCCAGGAUGCUGUUGACAAAAUUCCAACCAAGGAAUCAGCAAGCUCUAAACAGAUGGCAGAUGUUGGUGGUAUCAACAUUCGUGUUUAUUGAGUGUAUAAUAGACUGAUCCAUUUCCCAAAUUCUCAUCAAAAAAAUCCAGGAAGUGCCAACAUUUCUAUCUUUUCCCCUCUUGUUGGACCCAUGUUAUCUAAAUUGGAGGAAAUGAUAAGUAUAAGAAAUGGUUAAUGGGCCAGGAUAGAUGGCCGAAUUCGAGUUUGGGGUCUACUUCAUUUUCGAUGCACAUGUGCUGCUUAUUACUACUUGGUUCAUCUGGGCUAGUACUGCAACUAAGUUUCUGGGCCUGUUCACUUUUUUUGGGUAAAGGUCUGUUGUUAACUUUUACGCUAUUGUUGUAAUGUUUUGUUUCCCAGAUCCAUUUCAUUUUGUAACUCGAGUAUGAUGUGAGAUAUCUGAUAUCAACACCAAAGGGCCACUAUCCUUAUUUUGUUUUGGCAUAUAGUUUAUUCGGGGAAACAAUUCAUUAUCUGUACACUUUUGUGCAUUGUUAUAUGUAUCACUUUCAUGGUGGUGUUUUCCA